AUGUCGCUAGACGUGUUCGAACUCGACCACACACACCAAGAUUGGGUCACAUUCGAGCCUCUAGACCAAUGGACGGUGGAAGAACUUCACGGCCGCUUGCACAUGAGGGCAAAUAGGUCUGACUCCUCGGUUCGUGUCACAUUCGUCGGAACCUCUAUAGCCCUCUAUGGCUCUGUGCGAUUCAUCGACUCCAACUCUAACGCACCAUCCACAUCUGCCACCACUGUAGUACCGACAGCAGCAACCGGCACACCGCCAGGGACGAGAACACCCCAGCCAGAGCCUUUACCGACACCCUCAGAGUCCCUCGCGUUCUUACUCGACGGGAGACAAGCAGGGUUCUUCGACUACAGGGAAGUCGGUCCUGAUGGUUGGAUGUACAGGGACGAGCAAAUAUUCUCAAUAACAGGUCUGCCUCUUCAGCGCACGUCCUUCACAGUCAGACUGGUGGUACCAUCCAUCGGCCCCCAGCCGACAAUGAUUUCCAGACAAGGCGAGCUUACGCGAUUUAACGUGUAUGUGGACCGUUUUGUGAUAGAGGGCGAGCGCCCUCAAUCUCUUGGUACCACUAUUGUCACGGUGCUUCCGAGUGGGGCUACGCAUCUGUCGGAAUUGGCAGGACGGUCGGGUUCUCCAGGGGCUUUGGUUGGUGCAGUUGUUGGGUCUGUUGUCGCUCUUGUCUUGGUGCUACUUGUGUCCGGGUGGUGGAUUUUGAAGAGGCGUCGGAAGAGGCGGAGAACCAAUCUCCACUUGGGUGGGAGCAAGGACGCGGGCAGCAGUGGAAGCGAAGUGCAAGUAAAUCCGUUCUUCGUCAGGCCUCCAACAGAAAGCGUGGAAACGAUGGCACAUUCAAAGCACCGGGAACCAUUGACGAAUGUAGCGCGUUCGAGGAGAAGCACGACCUCACUGGAGCGUGAAAGUACAGGUUCAGCUUUAUUCUCCGGGGUGGACGGGACGCGGGAAAAGGGCCCGUUGCCUCAACGCGACAUUGACGAAUCGGCUCCUCCUCCAGAAUAUCGAGAGCGCGAGGAAGAGGACGCCGUACCUGCAGUAACUAUAGCUCCUACCCCAAAUCGUCCGAGCCUGUGA